AUGCAGAACAUGAGUACAUCUCCGAUGAAUUCGCCGAUACCUGAAGAGCGCAUUGGGGAGUUCCAGUCCCUGAUCGAUGUUGUGGCGCGCCUGCGGGCGCCAGGCGGCUGCCCGUGGGACGCCGAGCAGACCCACGAAUCGCUGAAGCGCAACCUGCUGGAAGAAUGCUACGAAACGCUGGAGGCGAUCGACGAGGGCGAGCCGCAGGAGUUGGCGGAGGAACUGGGCGACAUCCUGGUGCAGGUGGCAUUUCACGCCGACAUCGCCCGCGAGGCCGGUGAGUUCGACAUCGCCGACGUACUGACGGCCAUCAACCGCAAGCUCAUCCGGCGGCACCCCCACGUCUUCGCCGAUGGCGCCGCGUCUGACGCACGGCAGGUGGAGCGGAACUGGGAGCAACUGAAAGCGGAAGAAAGACGGGAAGCUGGCAAGCCGGAGCCGUCUGCCAUGGACGGCGUGCCGGCGGCGCUGCCGGCGCUCACCGCGGCGCAACUGAUGCAGGAUCGCGCCGCCCGAUUCGGGUUCGACUGGGCGACGUGGAUCGACGAGUUCGGGGACGUGCUGUUCGCGCUGGUGAACCUGGCCCGCUGGUCCGGGAUACACGCGGAGGACGCGCUAAGGCAGGCCAACGGCAAGUUCCGGAAUCGCUAUAAGGCGAUGGAACGCCUGGCGUCGGAACGGGAGCAGGACUUUGUCGCGCUGCCCCUGGACGGCAAGGAAGCGCUGUGGCAGGAGGCCAAGGCGGCCGAACGGUAG